AUGCAGUGCUUAUUAAAUAUUCAGGUACUUUUUAUUAUCAAUGCAAUAAGUGUAACAUUCAUCCUGGCACACAAUUGCUUUUUGAAUAAUAAAGAUUAUAGAUGUAGAUUGGGAACAAAAACACCAUAUAGAUUUAUAUCAUAUCAGGAUGAUUCUCCUCCUGAAUACUUAGGUUGUAUUCCAGAAAAGAUAUGGUUAAUUUUAAGACAUGGUACAAGGUAUCCUGGAAGGAAAUAUAUAUCAUCCAUAAUUGAAAAAUUGCCAGAGUUACAAAAAAUUAUUCUCUAUAAUUAUGAAGGAAACAAAACACAAUUUACAGAAGAAGAUGCAGCUUUAUUCAAACAAUGGAAAAUUACUUUCAACAAAGAUGAUGUUAUGAACUUAACAGAAGAAGGUGAACUUGAAAUGAUUGAUCUUGCGGAAAGAUAUCAAUCCAGAUUCCCCACUAUUAUGUCAGAGAUCUAUAAUAAUCAAAUUUACAAGUUUAAGUACACUGCUACUCAACGUACAGAGGAAAGUGCUAAGUACUUUGCUACUGGUUUAUUUGGAAGAUACAAUAGUUAUCAAGUUCAAUAUCCACAAGCAGAACAUAAGGAUCCUGUGUUAAGAUUUUAUAAACAUUGUCAACGUUGGCGUUCUGAAGUAGAUAAAAAUUUGAAUUCACAAAUAGAAAAACAAAAAUUCUUAAAAAGUGAAAUUUAUAAGAAGAUGUUAGCAAAUGUUUCUAUACGUACUGGUUAUCAGGUUGACUAUGAAAAUGUAUAUUUGAUGUAUUUGAUGUGUGGAUUUGAAACUGCAUGGGAAAGAAAUUUUGAUUCACCAUGGUGUAAAAUAUUUUCACUACACGACUUCAAAGUACUCGAAUUUGCUGACGAUUUAAAAUAUUAUUGGAAUGAUGGGUAUGGCUAUAAAUUAUCUUAUGAACAAGCUUGUCCUGCUUUGAGAGAUGUCUUUAAUUUUUUUGCAUUAGUUGAUGGACCAUUGGUGUCGGCAUAUUUUACUCAUUCAGGCACUAUUUUGAAAUUAUUGGCUUUAUUAGGGGUUGCUAAAGAUGAUCAACAUUUAACACACGAUUUAUUUUCAUUAUACGUAGAAGACAGAGCCUGGAGAACUGGAAUUAUCGAUACUUUUGCAUCAAAUAUUGCAUUUGUUUUAUAUAACUGUACUGGAAUUCCAAGCGUUCUUUUUAUGCAUCAGGAAAGACCAUUAUAUUUAUCAGGUUGUCCUAUAAAUGUGCCAUGUCCACUGUCUAUUAUGAAGGCACUUUAUCCUGACCAAGAAGAAGAGUGCCAAUUUGAAGCUAUGUGUUCGAUAGAGGAAUCAUCAUAA